GGCUUUGCUUAAUUUCGUCACUUCACCGCCGACUGCUUUGGAUGCUUUUAUGCCUGCAAUCUUUCCCCCUACACGGUGAUUUAUUCGUGGGUCAAUCAGACACUCUGUGGGGAGAGUUUCUACAUCAUAAAUACUUGCAUACUACGUUGCAUAUCGAUAUACCGUAUUCGACAGCAACACUACCGGUGACAUAUUCGCUGAAAAAGAUAUGGACGACCCUCAUCUCCGCCAUGCCAUUUCUCUCCACCCCCAUCCCUUCCAAUCCCAGUCCGCCCGAGGAUCUCCCUCUCGAUCUACCCCCGUUUUGACUGUGAUAGAAGGUCGUGACCCGAGUUUGCCAGGGAGGGUGAUCACUCCGCUUGACGAAGAAGGUAGCCUCCCUCCUCGGUAUACUCCGAUCAACGACCCGCUCCAGCUUGCUUCAAAGAUCAAAACCGCCGAGGAAAUCAAACAGAUCAAAGCCAACACCUCUCGAAAACGAGACAAAAUCACACCGUCGUUUAUCGCGAAUCGGAUUAGGUUGACUAGUUCAGGCAAACUGCAAGAAUUCUACGAAACGCAGAAUGAGAAUAUUGAACGAUUUCUGACGCCAGUCGAGGAACAUGUGCGUGUAGCUAAAGAACUCAACAAGCAAAAUCAGAUGAAGUAUAAAAUUGCCGUCUGGGGGAGCUUCAUGGCAAAUAUCGUCCUUUCGGUCAUCCAGGUGUACGGUGCUGUCUCAUCCGGGUCGUUGUCCCUGUUCACCACUAUGGCCGACGCCAUAUUCGAUCCCAUGUCGAACUUGACUCUUCUGCUAUCCAAUAAGGCUGUAUCUCGUGUCGAUCCGCGCAAGUUCCCUGCCGGUAAGGCCCGGAUUGAGACAGCGGGUAAUAUUUGCUUUUGCUUUCUCAUGACUGCUGUCUCAUUCAUCAUCAUCGCCUUUGCUGUGAGGGAAUUGAGCCAGGGAAGCGAUGAAGAGACCAGUAAAUUCCAUCUUCCAUCCGUUAUUGCGGUCGCAGUUGCCUUUGCCACCAAGUUCUCGCUCUUCCUGUACUGCUGGGCGCUGCGCAAUCAAUUUUCUCAGGUUCGGAUUUUGUGGGAGGAUCAUCGUAAUGAUCUCUUCAUCAACGGAUUCGGUAUCCUUACGUCGGUUGGCGGUAGCAAGCUGCGAUGGUGGAUUGACCCCAUGGGAGCUGUGAUUUUGUCAGUUCUGGUAUCAUUCCUGUGGCUGCGCACGGCCUAUUCGGAAUUCCAGCUCCUCAUUGGAGUCACUGCGGAUACACAAAUGCAGCAGCUCAUCACGUAUAUCUCUAUGACGCACUCCCCUAUGAUCAAUGCUAUCGACACAGUCCGUGCUUAUACAUCCGGGCCGCGGUUGCUGGUUGAAGUCGACGUAGUUAUGGACCCGUCUGCUUCUCUCAUGGCCACACAUGACGUUGCCGAAGAGCUGCAAAUCAAACUCGAAUCACUACCAGACAUCGAACGUGCGUAUGUGCAUGUCGACUAUGAAACUACCCACAAGCCAGAGCACUUCUUGAAGAAGGAGCUGUAAAGGUACUUCCGGCGGACCAAAUGUAUAUAGAGCUGUGGUAAAGGCGUUAACUCUUGAGGGGUUUGAAUUAUUUUGAUUUGGCCGAUUAGCUACCGUCGUAAAAGAGAGCUAAACCAAAUGGAUGCCUAGUUAUAAUAAUCUGUAACUAAUUUGUGGCACGAAUCUUCAACAACCCGAAUCAUCCCGAUGCUUUUCGAAAUGUACCGAAGAGUCAGCUAACUCGGGAAUCCUGGUUAAGUCUCGGGCGGU